AAUUUUUGUUGACAGAACUGUCACGGGCACGACAACGCUUGGGCAUGGCAAGUCCGGAGGCACACACCGGACAGUCGCAUCAGUGUCAGCCGGUGGCCGCGUCCGCUUUCCGGGAGGCGCAGAAAUGGAUCGAGGCUGUGACGGGAAGAUGCUUCGGUGACAAAAAUUUCAGGGGAGGACUGGAGAAUGGAAUACUGCUGUGCGAGUUACUGAGCUCCAUAAAACCUGGCUUGGUGAAGAAAAUCAACAGACUUCCCGCACCCAUUGCAGGCCUGGACAACCUAAGCGUGUUCCUGCGCGGAUGUGAGGAGUUAGGACUGAAGGGUUCCCAGCUGUUCGACCCCGGAGACCUUCAAGACACAUCAACACGCCCCACUGCCAAGCAGAGCGACUGCAGCCGAAAGCUAAAAAAUGUUCUAAUCACCAUCUACUGGCUGGGUCGGGCUGCCAACGGCUGUACGUCCUACAACGGGCCCACGUUGGACCUGAGGGAGUUCGAGGGCCUACUUUCACAGAUGCGAAAGGAAGCGGAGGAGGCCGAAAGCCCCCAACGCAGCAUCCGGGACAGCGGGUACAUUGACUGCUGGGAAUCGGAGCGCAGCGAUUCGCUCUCCCCGCCUCGGCAUUGCCGCGAGGACUCCUUCGACAGCCUGGACUCGUUCGGCUUCCGCUCGCAACAGACGCCGUCGCCGGAUGUGCUGGCGGCGCGCGGCAGCAGUGACGGACACGGCAGCGACUCCGAGUCGGACGGCCCGCCGCUCCGUAAAACUCCCGACAUCCACAAGGACGACAUGCUGGCCCGCCGCACCUCAGUGAGCGAGCCGCGCACCGCCGUGCCCUUCAACCAGUACCUGCCCAACAAGUGCAACCAGAGCGGCUACGUACCGGCGCCGGCGCGCAAGCUGGCGACCCGCGACAAGGACGGCGGCGAGCGCAAGAGCUGGAGUACGGCCACCUCGCCGAUAGGGGGCGAAAGACCUUUGAGGAGCGUGAGCCUGAUCGACAUGCGCAGCGAAGACGCCGCCGCCACCGCCGCCGCCAUCUUGCCGCCUCACAGUCACGUGCGUCACGAGCUGAUGCACAAUCAGUACAAUCAGAUGAAGGAGGAGGACAGCCACUGGCAGGAUGACCUGGCCCGGUGGAAAAGUCGGCGGCGCAGCAUCUCGCAGGACCUCAUCAAGAAGGAGGAGGAGAGGAAGCUGAUGGAGCAGCUGAUGACCGGCGGGCAGUGCGUCUCCCACAGGAGGAGAAGCAUCAAGACCUACAGGGAGAUCGUGGAGGACAAGGAACGUCGCGAGGAGGAGCUGCGGGCAGCGUACCGGGGAGCCAAAACUCCCGAGGAGGCCUCCUCCAUCCUCCAGCGUUACGCCCAGCGCUUCUCCGUCAGCGAGACCGUUAUGGAGCGCCUGCAGCUGCCCAAGGCUCUCGACCGCAGCAUCUCGUCCUCGUCGGGCUUUCCCGCCUCCCUCUCGCCCACGCCGGUCACCCCCGAGCCGUGGGAAAACGACCCCGACGGGCCCUUGAAGUACCUGCGGCAGCAGUCGGCCCCGGCCCCCAGGUUCACGUCCACGCUGGAAACGCAAGUCGACGAGUGGCCCGGAGGUUCGCCGCCGCGCCGGCCGCAGAUCCGCUCGCGAUCGUCCGAGCCGCCGUCCGACCGGGUGCUGUCACCCAAACCGCUGCCUUUGCUGACGCCCAAGCCUUACUUCCAGUCCUGGCCUGCCACGCCAGAACCCUGGCCCAGCAAGGCCGACGGUUUGCUGCCGGUCAACGGAAAGGCGGGAGGCGACGACCCCGCUGCCGCUCCCGAGGACCGAGGAAGAGAACCGUCUCCGCUUUUCCUCCCGUCCUCGUCACCCAAAACCACAAGCCGCAACGCCGACUCCUCCGUAGUAGGGGGAAGUCCGGCGUCCGCCAAUCCCAAGGACGCGGAGACCGAAAUCCGAGGCCAGGAAGUCGGGCGCUGUUCCACGCCGCCCAGCAGGCCCACUUCACUACCAGUGGAGUUGUUGAAGCCUGAGGAAAGCUUCGGGAGAAAAAGCGACCGGCAGUCGGAAUCCGCUCUAGUGGAGGAAACCGUGGAGGAAAAGUGUGAAUCGGCACCACAUCGUCAAACAUCUGCAGAAUCUAAACAAGAAACCGAACUGUCGUGUCAAACGGGACUCGGGACGCACUCUAUAACUUCAGUGACGAACAUACACAGUUGCCUGCAGAAGAACCAGAAGAAAGAGGAAGGUCCAUUUUAUGGACUUUUACCGCCGACUGCUACAACAGAAGGUUUUACAAACAGUACCCGCUUGCCACUGACGACCAGCAACCCAAAUUUACGCUGGGAGUUCUUUGCAGAUAAAGGGGAGAAGGAUCACCGCAGCAAUGAAAAGUACCAGCGGGAGCAGGAGAAGCUGAAGGAGGAGUGGGAGAAGGCCCAGAGGGAGGUGGCCCAGGAGGGGAGGCGCUACCAGGAGGAGGAACGUCUGAUCCUGGAAGAGACGGUCACAGCCCUGAGCCCGCAGCCAUCGGCGCCGCCGCCGGCUGAGGGCGACGACGCCAUCGUUCGCUCGCUUGCCGACUGGGAACGCAAGCAGGAGCGACUGGAGAAGCUUUCGAAGGCAAGUCCAGAAAACGUGGAGUGUAGACUGCGAGAGAACGACCGGACGAGCGACAUCAGCACGGCCGAUGACAGCUUCAGAACAGCCCGGAGCUCGGAGAGUCAGAGCGGCUGCCUGCAAAAUGGCCAGAAACUUCACCAAACGGCCGCCAAGACCUCCGCGCUGGCCAAGAAACGGCCAGACGCCGACGCCGGCAAGCCUCCGGGAGAGCGCAGGAGCGCGCCCGCCUCUACCGACGCGGGCCGCAGCCCGUCCAAGCCCCGCUCGCCUUCUGUCGACGCACCGCCGAACAGGUCUGUGAGCGGCAAGAAGCUGUGCUCCAGCUGCGGGCAGCCCUUGGGCAAGGGGGCCGCCAUGAUCAUCGAGUCCCUCAGCCUCUACUUUCACAUCGACUGCUUUAAGUGUGGGGUGUGCAAGGGCCAAUUGGGAGACACGUCCACGGGCACCGACGUCCGGAUCCGGAGCGGCCUCCUCAACUGCCACCAGUGCUACAUUCGAUCCCGCUCGGCCGGGCAGCCGACCACCUUGUGACGCCUCCGGUCCAGUUGAGCCGGAUCGUCCCCGCCGGACCCCGCCCUCCCCCCUCCGUUCGUCGCGUGGGCCAACCCGAGACUUUCCAUCCGUACGCCGUCGAGUGUCAACGUUAAUAACGAUCAUUGGGUCAUAUUUGCAUUUUUUAUGAAGCACAGCCGAUUUGGACUUCCUUUCAUAUUCAUAUAAAGUAAAUGAACUUCACUCACAAAUACUUUAAUUGGAUUUAACCUGGUUGAGGAAUUUUAUCAUUUUUCACAAAACUGCAUCCAUUUUACGUCUCCGCCAGAAGCAGAUGACGCGAAAGAGGGAAAUUACCCCUCGCCAACAUGUCACGCGACGCCUUUUGCAUUUUUUUUUUUUUUAAUUGUAUACCUCAGUAAUCGUGUUUGGGAAAAAUGAGUAUAAUCCAAAUAAUCCGCAAAGGCUUCCACUGACAAACACGCUUUGAAUGUUAUUCACGAGGGCAAUAACUGGACUCGCUACUUUAACACGUGCCUUAGGGACAAAUGGAUGAUGACGCAGAAAAAUACAUAUUUUGGGAGUGGGGGGGGAGUUUUUAUUUUAUUUGAAGGAGGAAAAGUGGCCAAAUUUUUCACCGCACUCCAAUUUCCUUUGUCGCAACUCGUCCGCUUUUCCACAUUAGCGUUUUUGCAGGGAUUAAACGCGCUCGCCGAGCAUUUUGAGAAACACGCGCCGAACGAGUCCAAUCGACCUUUCGCCGAAGCCAAAAGUCGCCGCCGCCGCCGCCGCUUUCCUGACCGAGAACCUCCGGAAUGUUUGUGAUUUUAUGCGCGGACGCGAAUUGAAUUUUUAUUUCGGGCUAUGGAUAAAGCCAUGCAGUCAAUAAUCAGUUGAUCCCCUAAAAAGAAUAAAUGGAUGAAUACAUAAAUAAUACUGCAACCGAAGCUAGCCCAAUGGACCUUUCCCGUGGCGAUCUUAAGCUCCGCCCCCUUCGCCAUGUUCCCACAAGCUUCCAAAAUGGCGACUGAACAGAACAGGUUUGAAGUCGAUUCUCUUAUCGCGUUAUUCCAGAUAAUAUCGGGGUAUGUUUAUUUUUUUUUUCCUCGUGAUGAAAGUCCUCCGUAUUUUUAAAUUUUCAUGAAAAUUGCUCCGGAAAAUUGAGGAAAAAUUGCCUAAAAUUAAUCCUGGUAUUAGUUGACAACAUUGAACGAACAUGCGUUUGAGUUCGUGGUUUUGGUUUCACGGGCGAAGCCAUGUUGAGGCACUAAGACGACUAACUUUAACGCCCCCUCCUCUCGGAUUCUUUCAAGACGUCGCUUAUUUUCUGUGAUCUCGACAUUAAUUUACGUAUUUCUUUCAUAAACGUUGUUAACUAAACAAGCCUGCUCCAAAACAACCGGUAUUCACCCGGAAACAGGAAAUGCAAGUUAACCGCACUGAGCAUGUACGAAAGCGCAUGUUCAGAACUGCCUCACGUAAUGCGAGCGCAUUUACGUCGAAAGUCAAAGGAAAUUCGGUUACACCAGGGGUGCUCAUUGCGUCGAUCGCGAGGCAGUGUGACGGCGUAAAAAAAACAAAAAACAUUAGACUGUCAUCCUCCUCCUCGCUUGAUUCAGGUGUGGCCAAUAAGUUGAGCGCAUGCACAUAAAGGCGCGUUCUAGCAAGCCGGCCUCCUAUUUACGGCAGUCCCGUAGUGCGUGCCCCCCCCCCCCCCACUCCCCUCAAAACAAGGACCCCUUGUAACCUAGCAGGAUAGCAUUCAUCAGAAUUGCACGUUCGCCAAGUGCAUCUGAGGACCAUUUUCUUCGUAACGUUAACUUUUCCAGGCGCACGCUACUGACACCGGGCACUGCUUGUGGGACAAUACAGCGAGAGGGGCGAUCUGAUUGGCUAUUAUUGUACGAGUGAUUGACAGGUCGGAAAGGUCCAUUGAAUGUAAACCAUCGAUGGAGAAAUGUUGAACCCCCCCCCCCAAAAAAAAAAUUGGUCAAAAAUUAGUUUGAAUUGGAAUUACCCCAGAUUAGAUGUGUCAAACUCAUUUUUAUCACGGGCCACAUUAUAGUUCCAGUUUCUGUCAGAGGACCCUUAUGACUGAAACCAUGAAAAUCUUUAAUUGACCCGUCAUAUUCACACGUUUCAAUUUCUCAACUAGUUUUGGAAACAGAAAUCAAGUUUAACGGGGUUUUCAAAUUAUUGUUGAUGUUUGGUGACACAAAAAAAACGCUUGCAAUAUAUCAACGUCAUCGUUAGGGUUAGGAAUUUGGUUCAAAUUUUAACAAAAAUCAUGAUGCCCAUGAUUCGCCUACGCGGGCCACAUAAAAUCAUGUGGCGGGCCACAUCUGGCCCCCAGGCCUUGAGUUUGACACCUGUGCCCUAGAUUUUAAAACAUUUUUACGCGUAUGCGGCAAGCUCGUCGGCCUUAACAACAGUAGCUAAGCGGCCCCGAGCGAAAGGUCCGUUGACGGUAUGCCAACUUUUUAUGUUUUGCUUUUUUUUUUUUUUUUUGCAUUUUCACAGCUGGGCAGUGUGCUGCGAAUGUAAAGUCAAUCAAUAAAAUGCACGUUUAAGCCUAAAACCAAAAGAUACUGUAAAAAAAAAUAUAUAUAUAUAUAUAUAUAUAUAUAUAUA